UAACUCUAUUGUGGUAAUAACCUUCUAUGGUCACAGGUCACAGAGCCUUUAUGACGUUGAAGAGUUGAAGAGAACUUUUGACCCAAUCUCACUCUGUUGGCAGGUUAUGGACAGCGUGUUAUACAGCCGACACCCACAUGGCCCAGAGUAAAUGAUAGAGCUUUUUAUUGUCAGCUGUAGCCUCUUGUCAAUUCUAGUCUAGCUAGCUAGAUGCUUUGCUGUUGUUGGAAUGGACCGCCGCGCCAGUAGACGACACCCCGCUCGUGCCCGUAGUGGAGGAGCUCGAAGAUCGAUUAGUCAACGACAGCAGCAACCCGCUUUUGCGGACGACCAAGAUGACGAUGAUCACGACGACGGCGAAGUGGUGCGAGGAGGCGGCAGUGCUGCUGCUGUGCCUGCCUAUGCCCAAGAUGACUAUGAUUCCGAAGGAGACGACAACAAUAACAACGAAGAAGACGACGAGGAAGACGAUGACGACGAGGAAUAUAAUCAACGUGGGAGACGAUUGACGGCUGGAGGCGAUUUGCGCUAUUCCACUGGUUCCUACUUGCCCACUGCCUAUGGCGCUCCCGGUGGACCGGAAGCCGCCUUGGCGUUGGGAGUACAACCAUCUCAACGAGAACGAUCGGUAGACCGAAUUCGCGCCCGAUCCAGAGAUCGACGAAGAGAUAUUUCCAAAGAUCGCCACAGUCAACGAGAUCGAUCGCGCAGUUCAUCGCAGAGUCGCAACAGCAACACUGGCGGCGGAAAUAAUAAAGCCAACGAUCGAGCGGCGCAACGGAGACGCGAUCGCCGCGCUUCCCUGGAAAUGUCGCUGGGAACGAUGAGUAUGGAUGACAGUGCCUCGAGUUUUGAUCAAGCGUCAGUCUAUUCGACAUCCAAUGAAUCUUCGUUUUCACUCAUCAACGGAAUGGACAGCAGUUUCUCACAAAGUCUAUCAGCAGAUGUCGGCAGUAAUACGGAUCCCAAACGACGGGCGCGAAAAGGAGGGCGACCCGGGAAUCUCGCGUCCAGUUCGAGAGAUUCCACUUCCACUGAUUAUACCAGCGACCGACGACGACAUGUCUACAAAUCUGGCAAAGCAUCCAAGACGUGGGAUGGAAGAUUGGAUCAUGUUUUAAAUUUGAGGAGAGGUGGACGUCCUACCGGUGGUGGAGAUGCAGGAGGAGGAGCAGCUCAAGCACGGUCCUUGUCUCCCGGUGCCACUGGUGGAAAGGAAAAACGAGGUGGAAAGCGAUCUGGUGCCUCUGCGAGGUAAAAACAGAUCGCUUGCUUCAUUCAAACUACUAUACAAUUGCUGGAUUCGUUCCUAUUUGAUUCGAUUCCAUUCAAAAUAUGUGGAGCGUAAACCUAUGGCCGGAACUGAAUGAUGGACCUAUUUUUUGGACAUGAUAGAUUUGUUCUUCUUCGGAGAACAAUGUAACGUACUGUUUUUCCUGUAUUAUUUCCACGUGUGUGGUGUACUCAAGUGUAAUUUAGGAAAGCUUGAUCCUGCUUGGAUGGCAACUUGCCA